AUGGGAUACACUAAGGAAACGAAAGGUGGUCUAUUUUAUAGUCCCGAGGACCAGAAAGUAAUCGUUAGCAUGAAUGUUAGGUUCUUGGAAGAAGACUAUGUUUUAGAACAGAAGCCCAGUAGUAGACAUGUGCUUGAGGAGGUAAAGGGAGUGAGUACUUCGAUACCGAGUGCGCUAGAUGUUACACCACAAAAUACUGCAACAUGUAUCGCUAAUGAUGCACCGGAGCAGGUAGCAAGCCACCCACUCGGUAAACCCUUAGAUUUAACUGUCCAGUUAUAUGGAACAAUUACCCUAUAUUAUUCGUAUGGGACACUUAACCUCCUCGGUCAAGACCACUUGCUACGGGACGAGGUCGACAAGGGCAGCCCGGGAUUGCAUGUAGAAAAUCGAGUCAGCCAUGUCCUUUGGCUUAUCGGGCUCGUCCAGGAGCUGGACGAGGUACUCGGGCGAGAGGAGGCCAUAUGA